CCUAGGACAAAGUACCACCCACCCCAAACUUUCGCAGACCCGGGAGCUUAGGAGGGGAGAGCCCAGCAGCACAGCAGCCUCUCCCGCCGCUCAACGUGCCCAGUUGCAGCGAGGAGGGGCGGCGCGCACGCCGGCUGGACUCGGGCGGCCCCCACGUCGCGCCCACCCGCCGGGCCAACGCGCCGCCACUCGGGUCACUGAGUGGCGGCCCACCGAAGAAGCCAGAUCGCCGGGCUCUGGGCUGCCUAUGGGCUCCGAGGAAGAAGGAUUCGGACACGGAUCGGGAAGGAAGGGACACUGAACCCCGCAGCGUCCCCAGCGCGGUGGGGCGGCGGAACGUGUCCUUGGGCUGCCAGCGGGCGCGCAAGCGGUAGUCCUACAGGCUCGGGAAGAAGUGAGCGCGGAGACUUCCACCGGGUAAAGUCGGAUUAAAGAGAAAUGUGAAAACCAACCCAGGGCAGCCAGCGGAGCCCGGCAGCCUAGAAGCCACCGGCUUCCCGCUGGGAGGACCACAGUGACUGACACGCGGAGACGCUGCGCGGGUCUGCGCGGAGGAGUCGCCUAGCAGCGCGGAGCGGCGGCCAGAGCGCGAGAUGCGGCGCACAGCCCCGGGACGGUUCCGGCUGGGAAACCUCGCGGGCCGCGCUGCGCGGCGCUGACCCGGCGUGGGUCCGAGGGGUGUGCCCCGGCCCUCCCGCCUCCGCCUCCUCCCGUGCAGGUCGCGCGCCCCUCCCCGCGGCAGAGGCGGCGGCGCAUCCAGGGGCGGCGCGGAGCGGAGCGGCUCGCCCAGCUCAGCAGCCAGUGCCUGCGAGCUCCGCCGCUGCUUGGGGAAUUCACUUUGCUGCUUUUCGCUUCUCCCUUCCUCAGGCUUCUUCUGAUGGUUUUCUGCCUCCGGCCCGAGUCUUUCCUUUAAAAGGAAAACUUUACGGAGAUACCCUUUUCCCCUUGGAGGAGAGGAUUAAAAGUUCCCAGAACUGGUGCCGCCCUUGCCGUUGGGGCGCUGGGAAGGUGCUCGGCGGCGGGGUUCCGGGUCCCACCAUGUGCACCAACAUAGUUUACGAGUGGCUCAAAGCGCUGCAGCUUCCGCAGUACGCGGAGUCCUUCGUGGAUAAUGGCUACGACGACCUGGAGGUGUGCAAGCAGAUCGGGGACCCGGACCUGGACGCCAUCGGGGUGCUGGCGCCCGCGCACCGCCGCCGCAUCCUGGAGGCCGUGCGCCGGCUGCGGGAGCAGGACGCCAACGCCGCCGGCCUCUACUUCACGCUCGAGCCGCAGCCGCAGCCGGCGCCCCUCGGGCCGCCCGCGGACGCAGUUCCCACCACCCGCGGAGGGGAGCCGCGCGGCGGCCCGGCCCAGGGCACUCGCGGGGAAUUCCGCGGCCACACGACCGCCCCCCGCAGCAGGGAGCUGGUGAGCUACCCCAAACUGAAGCUGAAGAUCAUGAUCAGGGAUAAGCUCGUCCGUGACGGCAUCCACCUGAGCAAGCCCCCGUACUCCCGCAAGGUCCCGAUGGCCGGCAUCCUAGAGUACUUAAUGAAUUGGCCGAAGUCAUCACAGAACCGCUAGAUAUCAUUUUUGAGACCUCGUGGAGGACUGAUGAGGUGCCUGAAGACUGGAAAAGGGCAUAUUUAGAACCUUCUUUCAAAAAGGGAAAUGGAUGAUGACCCUGGAAAUACUCAUCAGCUUAACUUUUUGCUUGGACAAAUUCUGGAAUAAUCAACUUAGUAAACUGGGUAACUGGCUUCUAAUAGCUAGAAAUAAGGCAGUGAAUGAUCACACAUAAAAAGUACUGAGUACAUUUUUAAAGAAGCUAUCAUUAUGAGAUAUAGUCUUAUGCAUUUCUUGGAUUCUCCCUUCCAUUCAUAAUGAAAACAGAUGAGGUUGGCUAACGCAUUUGGAUCAUAACUUAUUUUAAGUACAAUGUAACAAAAGAGGUAGAUUUCUGACAUUAAGUAGUAAAUAUAUUAUUUCCAAAUUUGCUUUUAACUUUAGAACAGUAGCUUUAACUUUAUAUUCUAGCAUACGUUUUACUUCAUUUCAUCUAGGACCAUGUUUUCAUAAGAUAAGAUAUUUUAUAUAAUUCUAUGUAGAACAGUUUGGUGAAGGAAUUCUCAUUUUAAGGUGCUUUUUAUAUAGUUAUUUUGUAUAUUGGCACAAUGAUAAAGCUGAUGAAUUAGGGAACAUCACCAAGAGAAGACAAUUUUUUCUAACUUCUCUUUUGAAUUUAGUCUCACGGAGGUUUAGUAUUAGGACCAAUAAAAGUGUCUUGUUCUGACAUGUAUCAAACAAGAGCCAGCUAUUUUACUUCGUAGCUGGUUUCCCACGCUCUGUGGAGACUGCCAGGGACAGAGCCCACAGCCCGUUCUGAGCCGCAGAGCUUAUCCACCUUGCUCUCCGGGCUUCUGACUUCAGGCCUGUGGUGGCCAGGAGGUGGGCAGUGGCAGUGGCUGGAGGAGCCCUGUAGAAUUACGGCCAAAAAAGAGAGUAGAUUGAGGUAGGGGGAGGAAAUCAAGAUGAAUUUUGAAUUUUUCUAAUUCUUAUUCUUGUGUUUGGGUGCUGGUAGUUUUUUGUUGUUGUUGUUUGUUUGUUUGUUUUGUUUUGAGACAGAAUCUCGCUCUGUCACCCGGGCUUGAGUGCAGUGGUACAACCUCUGCUUACUGCAACCUCCACUUCCUAGGUUCAAGGAAUUCUCAUGCCUCAGCCUUACAAGUAGCUGGGAUUACAGGCACAGACCACCACACCUGGCUAAUUCCUUUGUAUUUUUAGUAGAGACGGGUAUCGCUAUGUUGGCCAGGCUGGUCUCGAACUCCUGGUCUUAAGUAAUCCACCCACCUUGGCCUCCAAAAGUACUAGGAUUACAGGUGUGAGCUACCGCAAAUGACCUGGAUGCUGGUAGUAUUAUUUUCUGCUUAGAAAAUGCAACCAUGUUGAUGGGACCAAAAAUUUAGUUGAAAGGAAGCCAUGGCAAAAGAUGUAGACAUGUGACAGGCUCCUGAGGCUGUCAGGUUUUGAGAGCUCCCAAGUAGUACUGCAUUACGGAAUCUACUACUUAGAAGUAUGUGAGAGAUGUAAGUUCCCAUCAGCAUUGUCAUGGUAAGAAGAAUAAGAAACACUCAGAGGAAAAUAAACUGACCUGCAUUGGUCCAUAUUGGUUCCUAAGAAAAAUAGGUAGUUACUGGGGGCAUUAGGUUUCUAAGGGCAAUUGUAACACAAUACUGCUUCAAAAAUCUGAAGUUUAAAUAGUUUAGCUAUUUCUGUAGGUUAAUUCAGACACUGAGUAAAAUCAGUCUUAUUAUUAUACACAAAUGUAAGAAAAUUUAAUUUUAAAAGCAUGUGUAGUUUGUCCUUCAACUAUACAAAGCUUGUAGUUUCAUAAGGAUCCUGUUCCAGUCAACCUUUCAUCAUUUUUUUUUCAAAUGAACUAGGGUCUUUAAAAUUCCUAAGCUAGAUUCAUUGAAAUGAUGGGGGACCUGUAUAGAUUACAGAUGUAAUUUAUUGUGAUAGCAAAUGGCUUCCCGUUUGACCUCAUUUCCAGGUGUUGCAUCUGCAGCCGAUUUAUUUCACAGAUGUACAUUUUCAUGCACUUGUUGAACUUUGCUAGAAAGGACCCAGUUUUUGAAAAAUCUAUUACUUUUAUUGUGGGCAUUAUGAGGCUAUCUACUGCAAUGAAAAAAAGCUUCCUUGGUUAUUUCAAGUUCUUUUUUUCCUAUUUGUGUAAUAAUCUAACUUCAAUUCUUUUGCCAAGUUUAAAUCUUCUCCUUGUGACUGCUGUUAGAAUUUGAAAACAACAAUGCUCUGCUUAAAGUAAGAGUCAUAAUCAGUGAAAAAGCCAAUGGAUUUUUAAAAGACAUCUUAGUUAAAACUAGGGGAAGAAAACUUUCAAAUAAGCAGAGAAGUAUUGAAGGAUGCCCAUGAAUUGCUUUGCAUUAAAAUAGAAAUGAGGUAAGAGGUAGAAUAUAAGAGAAAGGAAUUAGUCUUACCAUUAAUUGUAUCUAGAGACAAUUAGUCUUAGGAAGAGUAAUUUUUUCAGUGUUUUUUCUUUUUAUCUAAACACCAAUAAUAAUAUCCUUAAUUUUUGAACAUAAAAGAAGUAGCAAUUGACUAAGAAAAAAUAUAUUAUAAAAACUAGAGAAUUAUCUUGAUUUGUAUUUCCUAGAACAUUGAAAGAGAUUAACUACAGACUUUCAUUUGAUAAUAUUGAGGAGUUUGGAGGGUCAUAGCAAAAUUUUCUUUAGUUCAUCUUAAAAUUUCAGGAAGUAAAAAAGAUUUCGUUCACAUAAAAGAUUUCUUGGCAUAGGGAAGGCAUAAUGUUAAGGUCUCCUUCCUUACCCUGGUGGGAACUGAACCCGUAAUUCUGGGAAAAACUGAAUUUAUAGCAACAAAGGAUAGUAGUUUCUCAACUUGGAGCAUUCAAGCAGUUUCUCUGUUCAGAGAUAUUUAUAGCCUCUUGAUGUUAUGCAAUAAACAGUGACAACAACAAGCAUUGGGUUUUCACUUUGGAGUUACUCAGAUCUUAGUUUAAAUUCUGAAGUUAUUCUAGUAGUAUUGUUCUGUGGUGAAUCUGUUAAGGAUGUAAGCUAUAAUGUAGCUAGAGGAAUCAUAUUGAACAGUUAUGAAACUCAUUAAAGCUUCUUUUCCCUUGUCUGUAAAAUGGGAAAAAUAAAUACCUCUCUAGUUCUUAAGAGGCUUAAGGGUUCUACAGCUUACACCCACAUACAGCCCUUGGCCCAGUGCUAGGCAGGCAGCAGGUGCUAACUGCCUCUCUCCCUUCCCUUCCUUACUCUCACAGUUAUCUUAUUUCUUCUUAUGUAGAAGAGAUUACUUUAAAGCUGACUGGAAAACUCAGACAGAAAUUGACAUUCCCUUAUCAUUGCCUUAAACCCACUGAAUAAGUCCCCUUUGAUUUUUCUUAGGAAGGAUUAAAAAGGCUACAGCACUUGCUCAUUUUAGGAGUUCAGUAAAUGCUUGUUGAUUGAAUGAAAAGAAUUUGAUUUAAGAAAACAGUAACAUUCCAUCCUGCGCAACAGAGUAAGACCCCAUCUCAAAACAAAACAGCAAAUUCAUAAAGGCCAGCAGUUUUCAAGUCUGGGGAAAUAGGGACAUAGACAGAUAUGAAUAGAUUUCGUUAGCUUUCUUCUUUUUAUGGCAGCUUCAGAUUGAUAAAUUUUGUGUGAAAAUAAGUGAAUGGCACAUGUAUAUUUUCCUGUGAUUUGAUGACUGUGAUUUAUAAAUUAGGAGUGCAAAUGCGCUGUUCCCUGAUAGCGUCUUCUGGGAAGAAUCCAACCAAGAUACAAAGCAGGUGAUGGUGGACUUGCAAACUCUUUUCUAUAUAAAGGAAAACCAGAUGUGCCAGGGACUGGGAAGCACCUGCUUGAAAAUUGAGAUGAGCGUGUCUGAAUUUUUCUCUUAUAAGAGCCUGAGUAUUGUAACAGGUCCCUUGCAUGGGGGUUGAAAAAUAACAAAAAGAGAAGUUAACAUAAUUAAAAUCCUUAGAUAAAACAUUUGCUUUAUAUAGAUUCUUACAUGUAAUAUUUGAUUAGGUAUCAAAAUAUGGUCAGGCAGGUGGAAGAUUUCUGAAUUUCCAGGCAAAUAAGGGAUAAAAUGUGAAAUAUUGCAUCCAGGGAUAAAUAAGAGAAAUAAGUGAAAGUCUGACCCUAGAUUCCCAAUUCUCAGACCAAGUACAAAGUAUUAGGAAUUUCUUAUAUCAGCUGACAUCUUGUGCUUAAAGCCAUGUAGAUGCAUACAUGAUUGCUUUAUUAAAUAAAACAAUUUGCGUAGUGCAGAGCAAAUCCAUUAGACUUUCUCUUUUAGAGUUUUCUAAUUUUACUCUUAUUAGCUCUCGCAGUUGUCAUCAAUUACAUAUUCCUAUAUCAGAUAUUUUACACAAUCAGAUUCUUUGAUUAAAAAAUCAUCUUCAACUUUACAUUAUUAAUCUCUGAGGAGAUAAAAUCAAAUAACUUUCUAGUCCAUGAUCAUUAAUCACUACUAUUUUAGUUAUUUCCAUAAAAAGCUUAAAGGGGAAAAGAAAUGGUAGGUAGUUCAGAAAAAAAUCACCAGGCACGGUGCCUCAGACAUGUAAUCCCAGCACUGGGGGUUCAGGGUGGGAAGAUCAUUUGAGGUCAAGAGUUUGAGCUCAGCCUGACCUACAUGGUGAAACCCCAUCUCUACUAAAAAUACAAAAACUUAGCUGGGUGUGGUGGUGUGCGCCUGUAAUUCCAGCUACUAAGGCAGGAGAAUGGCUUGAACCUGGGAGGUGGAGGUUGUGGUGAGCUAAGAUCGCUCCACUGCACUCCAGCCUGGGUGACAGAGUUUGACUAUGUCUAAGAAAAAAAAAAAAGAAAGAAAGAAAAGAAAAAAAAUGAACAUAACUUUUCUACUUAUCCAAUAGAUAGUUUUAAAAAAUUGUUUAAACUCCUGGGAAUUGUUAUUUUUUAUUGCUGUGGUUGAGAGAUACGUUUUCAGAGGAAAACAGGAGGCUUAAUUCCAUGUUAAGAGCUAAGCAGUAUUUUUUUUUUAAUAAUUUUGCCAAAAUUUCUUCCACUGGACCAAAAGGAAAUAAAUCUACAAUAAAUCUACUUUCUAAAUAUUAAUUAAGAUGGGAAAUGCCUUUUAUAAGUAUAUUCUUUAUGAUACCCUUAAUAUAGAUGAAUUUUUCCUUAUCAUUCCAAACAUGAAAUGCUGUGUUAAAUAUCUCCUGGGCAAAGUGGUGUGUCGACUGAGACAAAUGUUAGAAAUUCUAUUGUUCGUUACAGUUGUUGCCCUGUUUCCCAAGCUUGUCAAUGGUUAGAGAUACUAUUUGGGUUACUAAAGCCAUUAUUCAUAGAACAUUUCUGCCCCUACAGAAGUUUAUGCAUGGGCCUUGGAAAAUCUACUUGUGUAUAUCUGAGUAGCCAAGCACAGAUUCGCUCUAAUUGAAAGCAGCGGUUUGGUUUCGUAAAUGUAAUUGCAUUUGACACUUUCUUUUUCCUUUCAGUUAUUUUUUUAAAAUGGACGUUAUGAGAAAGCGCUAUGAAAAGCCUAAUUGAAACAGCAUUAUGAACCAUGUAAUGUAUGCGCAUGCACACUGUGGUUUGCAAACAUAUGUCCGCUCUUUAAUAAAUGUUACGGCUUUCACAGCG